AUGGCCCACGCAACAGCGAUCCGUGUGGCCCCCGAGCAGCCCACCCAAGCCGUGUGUGUGCUGGGCACUGCCACUCAGCUUGAUGUCUGCAGCUCUGCCCCCAAGGACUGCACAUCCUUCAGCAUCACUGCCCCCCCAGGGGUGGCUGUCGAUAUCACCCACAGCUCUCCAGCCAAGAAGACUCCCACAGGCUCCUCCAAAUGGCCUCUGGACCCUAUGCUGGAGGUGACCCUAAGGAUGAAAGCUGCCAGCAGUAGCAUGGAUGACCAGAAGGUUCAAAUUUCGUACUAUGGACCCAAGACCCCUACAGUGCAAGCUCUGCUCUACCUAACUGGUGUGGAAAUCUCUCUACUGGCGGAUGUCACCCGCUCGGGCAAAGCGAAGCCAACCAGGUCCAUGAAAGACCAGAGCACCUGGACCUGGGGCCCCUCUGGACAAGGCGCCAUUCUGCUGGUGAACUGCGACAGGAACAAUCCCCAGUCCUCCGGAACGGACUGUGAGGAUGAGGAGGUGUUUGACAGCAAAGAUGCACAGGACAUGUCACUGGUGACCCUGAGCACGAAGACCCCCAAGGACUUCUUCACCAGGCACCGGCUGCUGCUGCACGUGGCCAAGUCGGAGAUGGGCAGAGUGAGGGUCUUCCAGGCCACACGGGGCAAACUGCCCUCUAAGUACAAGGUGGUCCUGGGACCCCAGCAGCCUUGUCACCACCUGGAGCUCCCCGGUGGCCAGCACAGCAUAGACUUCUACAUGGAGGGCCUGGCUUUCCCAGACGCUGACUUCCCUGGGCUCAUUUCCCUCGGUGUCUCCCUGCUGGACGCCUCCAAUCCGGAGCUCCCCGACACCCUGGUUUUCCAGGACACUGUGGCCUUCCGUGUGGCCCCCUGGAUCAUGACCCCCAAUACCCAGCCUCCCCAGGAGGUGUACGUGUGCAGUAUUUUUGACAAUGAAGACUUUGUGAGGUCAGUGGCUGCUCUGGCCAAGAAAGCCAAAUGCAAGGUGACCAUCUGCCCGGAGGAGGAGAACCAGGACGACCAGUGGAUGCAAGAUGAAAUGGAGAUCGGCUACAUCCAGGCACCGCACAAAACCAUGCCCGUGGUGUUCGACUCCCCGAGGGACCGAGGCCUGAAGGACUUCCCCAUCAGAUGCGUCCUGGGUCCAAAUUUUGGCUACAUGACCAGAGGACCUCUAACAGGGGAAGUCACUGGGCUGGAUGCAUUUGGGAACCUAGAAGUGAGCCCCCCGGUGACCGUUGGGGAGAAGGAGUACCCACUGGGCAGGAUCCUCAUCGGGAGCAGCUGCUACCCCAGCAAGGGGAGCCGGGAGAUGCACCGGGCCUUGUGGGACUUCCUGGCAGCGCAGGGGGUGCAGGCGCCCGUGCAGCUCUACUCCGACUGGCUGUUCGUGGGCCACGUGGAUGAGUUCCUGAGCUUUGUGCCGGCGCCCAACAGGAAGGGCUUCCGGCUGCUACUGGCCAGCCCCAGGGCCUGCUACCACCUGUUGGAGGAGCAGCAGCGGCAGGGCCACGGGGAAGUGCUGUUGCUGGAAGGAGUCAAGAAGCAAAAACAGCAGAGAAUAAAGGACAUUUUGUCAAACAAGAAAUUGAGAGAACAGAACUCCUAUGCGGAGAGCUGCAUCGACUGGAACCGAGAGGUGCUGAAGCGUGAGCUGGGCCUGGCCGAGGGCGAUAUCAUCGACAUCCCGCAGCUCUUCAAGCUGAUAGGGAACAGCAGAGGGGCCCUCAAGGCCGAGGCCUUCUUCCCGAACAUGGUGAACAUGCUGGUGCUAGGGAAGCAUGUGGGCAUCCCCAAGCCCUUUGGGCCCAUCAUCAGCGGCCGCUGCUGCCUGGAGGAGAAGGUGCGCUCACUGCUGCAGCCAUUGGGCCUCCACUGCACCUUCAUUGACGACUACUACAGCUACCACAUGCGCCACGGGGAGGUGCACUGCGGCACCAAUGUGCGCCGGAAGCCCUUCACCUUCAAGUGGUGGCACAUGGUGCCCUGAGCCAGCUGCCCUGUUGGCCUCUCCAGGCACCCAGGCUUCCAGCAGAGGCUCGCUGCCUCCUCCCGGUCCCCUCUGGGCCCUGCUGUGCUCCCCAAAUUGGUCCCAGCAUUGCAAACUGAGCCCUGCACUGAGAAGCUGUAAUAAAGAUGUUUUUAAUCAGUGUA